AAAUAUAGUAAACCAUAAGUUUCCACUCUGCUAAGUGAUGGGUUGGGAAACCAUUAAGCCUUAUAUUAUGAUGUUCUUCUUACAGUUUGUGGAUGCAGGUUUGGCGUUGGUCUCCAAGAAGGCCAUAGCUGAUGGAAUGAACCCUUUCGUCUUUGUCGUUUAUCGGCAGGCACUUGCCACUCUUUCCUUGGCUCCUUUUGCUUUCUUCCUUGAAAGGAAGAAGUCUUCUUCUCUAUCAUUCAGCUUACUUUGCAAGAUCUUCUUGGUUGCUUUAUGUGGGAUCACUUUAUUUUUGAUUCCCUAUUAUUUUGCAAUAAAUUACACAUCUGCAACAUUUGCUGCUGCGAGUACCACCACCGUCCCUGCCGUGACCUUUAUUCUGGCUGUUUUUUUGAGGAUGGAAAGCAUCUCCAUAAAGGAAAGGCACGGAAUGGCCAAGAUAUUGGGUUCUGUGGUUUGUAUAUCUGGGGCUUUGGUGUUUGCCUUUGUUAAAGGACCUCCUGUGUAUCCAUCAAUCCAAAGAAACACUUCACACUUAUCCACUAAGCAUAGUUCCAAAGGGGAGUGGAUUAUGGGUUCUCUCAUCAUGCUCUCAGCCUACACUGCAUGGUCUUUGUGGAUUAUCAUGCAGGGUCCUAUUGUCAAGCAAUACCCAUUGAGGCUACGCCUUAUAACUCUUCAGGCCUUCUUUAGCUGCAUUCAAUCUGCACUUUGGGUUGUUGCUGUGGAUAGGAAAAAGUCAUCAUGGAAGCUUGGAUGGGAUGUUCAUCUUCUUUCUGUGGCUUAUUGUGGUGUUGUCGUGGGUGGAAUUUCUUACGUGGUACGACUUUGGGUUAUAGAGAAGAAAGGGCCUGUCUUCGUAGCAAUAUUCAAUCCAUUGAUACUUAUUAUAACAGCCAUCUUCUCAGCUUUUCUGUGGAGAGAAAUCAUUCACUGGGGAAGUGUUUGUGGUGCUAUAAUGUUGGUAGUUGGACUCUACUGCGUCUUGUGGGGGAAGCAUAAAGAAGAAAAAUAUGCAAAAAAGCAUCAGAUACCAGAAAGCAAAGAAGAAGUGCGGAUCACGAAUGAGUAAUUGACUUUGUGCAAAGAUAAAUGCUACAUAGACUUAAAAACUAGACUUGAUAAUCUUAACCAUUGAAUAGGUAGUGAUUCCCAAUA